AUGCUGUUCCAUUUCGGCGAGGUGGAUGAGAACCCCUCACAGGAAGAUAUGCGUAACUUCGACGAAGAGUUGAACCGUCUCGGUAAAGCGCACCAGUUUUACGUGUAUCGGAAUGCCGAUCAUGCCUUCAUGGAUUUUACCGGCCCGCGAUAUCAAAAAGAAGCCGCCGACCGCUCGUGGCCGCGCACGCUGGAGUUUUUCACCGAGCAUCUGAAGGCGUAA